AUGGCUCCAUGUUUGCAGCUUGAAGUGUUUGGCCUUCAGUCAAAGCCAGCAUUUUACAUGGCAAAAUGUGCAGCUGAGGUACUAAAGUUGAGGUAUCCAGAUGUGCUGGCUGAACCAGUAAUAUGUCCCCUUUCAGAAUUUGCCUGGAUUGAAUUCUUGACUGAGAAACAGAAGAAGAUGAAAGGUGACGUCUGGGGCUUCAGUUCAAAGGUCAUGUGUUUCAUCAAUGACACGUUAAUUGGUGACGAGAAAGAAUUCCUGAAGUGGGCAGAAGAGGAGUUCGACUAUCAAGAUUUCAGGCCUAAUGCUCUUUUUGAAGCUUUAGCUGAUGAUUUUAACUUCAAAUUUCUGACCAAGAACAAGGACUGUCUUGUUUACAUGGAUAUUUCCAUUGAUGCGAUGCCUAUUGGAAGAUUCAUAUUUGAGCUUUUUACAGAUCUCUGUCCAAUAACUUGCAAAAACUUCAGGGCUCUGUGCACAGGGGAUCCAGCCCUCAUGCCUGAUGGGUUACAGCUGUGUUACAAAGGCACUGUUUUUCACAGACGAGUAAAGAAUGGCUGGAUUCAAGGCGGAGAUAUCCCAACAAGCAGAGGGGAUGGAGGAGAAUCUAUUUUUGGACCAACAUUUCAAGAUGAGAAUUAUGCAGUGUCUCACUGGAAGAGGGGAAUUAUUGGAAUGGCUAACAAGGGAAGACACACUAACGGAUCUCAGUUCUACAUCAUACUUCAGCCCAAUACCUGGAUGGACACCAAAUACGUAGCUUUCGGACAAUUGAUAGAGGGUACAAAAGUUCUUGAACAACUCGAAGAUGUAGACACAAACAAUGAAAGGCCAGUGUUGGAAUGUAAAAUUACUGACUGUGGUCUUGUUACCCCCUAAGCACACAUCAUGGGUUAUCAACGUGUUUCCUGUGAUAACCCUGUUGCUCUUCUACUGUGGCUGAAACUAUGUCCCAUCCUAUUUUCCAGUGCAUGUUUUUGUCUUCAGAAUAAAACUUAUUAUCUUAAAUUAUACAAGCAAA